AUGUCGUUUAGAAUCAAAGAAGCAGACCAAGAUGUAUUGGAACGUAAACAACAAAAGGAUAAACAAUCUAAAAAGUUUCCUAAAGUGUUCAAAAAGAAAGUUGACAUGAGUAAAGUGAACGUUCAAGUGAUUCAACGAUGGAUAUCUGUGGAAGUUGACAAGGCUCUCCCAGAUGACGACAUUGUGGCAGACUACCUUGGAGAGCUAUUGGUGGCCAAUAAUGAGCCGGAUGUAAAGCUGAUUCAUCUUCAAAUGGCAGAUUUUCUUGGUGAUGAAGAGUCAUUAAAACUUUGCACGAGACUUUGGGAAUUGUUAGUCAGUGCUCAAGACGAUAAGGAUGGUAUUCCACAAGAAUUGGUUGAAGCUGAAAGGAUUAAAAGAAACAGGAGAGAGUCUCGAACUGAAAUUAUCAGAGAGAAGAAAGAAGAGAAAUUUGAAGAGAAACGUCCAAAGACAAAUUAUAAUCGAAGUCAAUACAAUGCAAGCAAAAGAACUAGAAGUCCAGAGAGGGGAAAUAGAAGCUAUCGCGAGAGAGAUUGA